UGGUUCUUUUAAGAACGGAGUCAAAAUACAUCAUCCAACACUCUCUGACUGCAGCCAAAUGAAGAUGGCACCCUCAUGGACAGCAUCUGUAUACUGCAUUCACUGCUUCUGUUGCUCUCUCAAUUAACUAAGUCUUUCUUAUAUGACAAUUGUAGAUUGCGGUAACAUCUGCCGCCAUGGUUGGACUCAGUUUGGCUCCCGCUGUUUCAUCUACAGGAAUCAGGCACAGGACUGGGCUACAGCUGAGACGAAAUGCGUUGCCCUCAAAGGGAAUCUGGCUUCUAUCCGAUCGACCACCGAAUACAACUUCAUCAGACAGUUGGUGAAAAAAGCAACAGGCAGAGAUGUAAACAUCUGGGUUGGAGGCUAUGAUGCGGUCCGGGAGGGUGUGUGGAUGUGGAGCGAUGGCUCUAUGUUUACCUUCAGUAACUGGUCCAGAGGGGAGCCAAACAACGCUGGAGGAAAGGAACACUGUAUGGAGAUUAACUAUGCAGGUUCAAAGGUCAACGACAUAGGUUGUCUCGACAGUCAACCUUAUGUCUGUUCCUACUCUAUGGAAUGAUGAUGUCACAUCUUCAGUCUGGAUGCCACUUCUACCAGGAUGUCCGGCAUCGAUGACAUCACUGUUUUGGAGAUUUAUUCGAUUUAAUGUUUAAUCAAUAAACUGAUUCACCCUGCUAAGCAAUAUUUCGGUUUAACACCAGUCUGUCCGGAACAUGUAUUUCUCUCUCUGUACUGUGAUACUAAAGCUGACCAGCAAUCCAAUCAAUUAAAGCACAACUAAAAGCA